AUGGGAAAUACAAUUUCCCGUUGUUUGGGUCGUAAUCAUGAUCCCGAACAAAAGAAGAGGAAACGUAAAGCCGAAAGGCCGAAAGGCAAAGCAAAAAAGGAAUUGGAGAUCGCCAUGUUCGCGAUGCCAGAGAAAACGUCGAACUACAUGGGACUACCUGUGCAAUCCUACCAGGCAAGUCAUCACAUUGGUGCUUAUAUUUUUUUGAAAUGUUUUUUGUACUAAUUCUAAAGCCCGGUCAAACGAGGGAAAGAGUGGAGAAACGAGAGUUUGCAUGAGAGUUUUCUCAACUCCCUCAUACCCCAGACAAACACGAACAAGAGUUCGCAUGAGAAUUGACAAACGAAAGUUUGCAUGAGAGUUUUCACAACUCACAUGCCCCAGUCGAAUGAGAACAAGAGUUGCGCGAGAGUUGAGAAGCGAGAGUUUGCAUGAGAGUUUUCUCAACUCACAUUCCCCAGUCAAACGAGAACAAGACUGGGUUGAGCGAGAGUUUGCAUGAGAGUUUUCUUAACUCACAUGCCCCAGUCAAACGAGAACAAGAGUUGCGCGAGAGUUGAAAAGCGAGAGUUUGCAUGAGAGUUUUCACAACUUACAUUCCCCAGUCAAACGAGAACAAGAGUUGCGCGAGAGUUGAAAAACGAGAGUUUGCAUGAGAGUUUUCACAACUCACAUGCCCCAGUCAAACGAGAACAAGAGUUGCGCGAGAGUUGAGAAGCGAGAGUUUGCAUGAGAGUUUUCUCAACUUACAUGCCCCAGUCAAACGAGAACAAGAGUUGCGCAAGAGUUGAGAAGCGAGAGUUUGCAUGAGAGUUUUCUCAACUCACAUGCCCCAGUCAAACGAGAACAAGAAUUGCGCGAGAGUUGAGAAGCGAGAGUUUGCAUGAGAGUUUUCUCAACUCACAUGCCCCAGUCAAACGAGAACAAGAGUUGCGCGAGAGUUGAAAAGCAAGACUUUGCAUGAGAGUUUUCACAACUCCCUCAUACCCCAGACAAACGCGAACAAGAGUUCGCAUGAGAAUUGACAAACGAAAGUUUGCAUGAGAGUUUUCACAACUCACAUGCCCCAGUCAAACGAGAACAAGAGUUGCGCGAGAAUUGAGAAGCGAGAGUUUGCAUGAGAGUUUUCUUAACUCACAUGCCCCAGUCAAACGAGAGUAAGAGUUCUCUUUCUCUUAAACCGCGAAAAAUGUAGCGCAUGCGCAGACAAAUUUCCCACCUGUUACAUUUGCCUCGAUAUGCCAGGAGCAUGCGCUGGACUAAUCACGCAUGAACGCAGGCUCUCAUGCCUUGAACGCAGGCGCGCGAGCAAACAACAUCACGAACACGCGCACGUCAUUUUUGACGCAAGAUAAAAUUAUUAUAACUGUAAAUUUUGUAACUGUAAUACGUCUUUGAUAAUGGCUGCCAUGUAGGUAACCGAAACGUCAGAAAUAAUUUUUAAAAAUGUAAUCUGGAUGAUCGUACAACAAACUAAAUUGAUGGAAAAGCCCGGAUUCAAGCCCUUCAGUGAACUUUAUUGGUGCUACAAGUUACAUUAAAAUAAUCAGUAUGAUAUCAACUGGCCCAAAAGAAAAGAAUUGCAAACGAAACCAUGUGCCCCUAUGUAUAGAAGUUCCAUGCAAGACACCUCCCUGAUAUAACUAAAAUCUGUAACGUGUAUUUAAUAACGAACCGCAAACUGGAAAAACACUCUGGGAAUGUCUAGUGCGCUGGAAAUAACCAUGCCUAAUGAAACGUAUGAAACAACACCUUAUAAUUUUAGGUAAAUGGUGAAAUCCCGGCUUCACACCAACUGUUUUAUUUAUAGCGACCAGCGGGAUUAUCCCGCUGGUCGCUAUAAAUAAAACAGUUGGUGUGAAAUCUGAACAAGCAGAAAUUGUCACUACCAAGUCGUCCAAAAUGCAUAUAUUAGUACCAACAGACAAUGGGGAUUUUGUAAGUCUGCUCUUUAUACUGGUUUAUGUUGUUUGUUGUGUUUGGGUUGAUAAUUAUUUUACAAUCCUUGUUUGUUUAUUGUUUAUUGGCCUUGUUUAUUAAACAACUUUAUUGGUGCUACAUAUUACAUUAAAAUAAUCAGUAUAAUAUGAUCAACUGGCCCAAAAGUAAAGAAGCAAACGAAACUAUGUAUAUAGAAGUCCCAUGCAAUGCAUCUCCCUGAUAUAUACUAAAAUUUGUGAAACGCGUAUUUAAUAACGAACCGCAAAAAACUGGAAUGGACUUAAUUUGAGAAAGUCUAUAGUGCCCUGGAAAUAAUCAUGCUAAAUGAAACUUAUGAAACAACACCUUAUAAUUUUAGGUAAAUGGUGAAAUUCCUCUGGUCUCUAUAGAUAAAUUGGAUGGUACUCAAAUAGUUGGGGUGAAAUCUGAACAAGCAGAAAUUGUCACUACCAAUUUAGUACCAACGGACAGUGGGGAUUUUGUAAGUCUGCUCUUUAUACUGGUUGUCGUUUGUUGUGUUAAGCUGAUGAUUAUUUUUUAAUCCUUUUUUGUUUGUUUGUUUAUUCCUUAAUAAGUUCUUUGAACAUGUUAUUAGCACAUAUUAUUAUUAUUUGCUGACAUAUUAUUAGCAUCCGGGCUUACGGACGACGAAAGCUUUGCAGUAAUAAAUUUACGUGGUGUUUCCACAAACAAAAACAAUUAUGUUUAUUCCUUGUUUAACAACUUUAUUGGUGCUACAGAUUACACUACUAAGCCUACUAAUAAACAACUAGUUCAGUGGUAGUGCAAAUAACAUUAAAAUAAUUGGUACAACAUAUCAACUGUCCCAAAAGGAAAGGUGCGAACGAUAUACUAUGUAUAUAGAAAUCCCAUGCAAAAGGCAUCUCCUUGAUAUAACUAACAUUUGUCAGACGCGUGUUUAAUAACGAACGAACUGCUAAAAAAAACUGGAAAUAACUUUGGGAAAGUCUAGUGCCCUGGAAAUAAUCAUGCUUAAUGAAUCUUAUGAAACAACAUCUUAUAAUUUUAGGUAAAUGGUGAAAUCCCGCUGGUCUCUGCAGAUAAAACGGAUGGCAUUCAACCUGCUAUCGGUGUGAAAUCUGAACAAGCAGAAAUUGUCACUGCCAAAUUAUUAGUACCAACAGACAGUGGGGAUUUUGUAAGUCUGCUCUUUAUGCUGGUUUAUGUUGUUUGUUGUGUUUGGACUGCAUGAUGAUUAUUUUACAAUCCUUGCCGUUUCUUAUUGUUUAUUGACCUUGUUUAACAACUUUAUUGGUGCUACAGAUUACAUUAAAAAAUUAUUAUUAUUAACUGGCCCAAAAGGAAAGGAGUGUAAGGGAGACUAUGUACAGGGUGUAUAAAAAAAAUGUAAUCGAACUUCAGCGUGCUAUUGUAUCCGAAUUACUCUGAGUACAUGCAUGAACGAGAUUUUAGCACAUUCGGAAAGAUCAUGCUUUUAGCUGUUGAAUGAUAUCUUCUUCAUGCCAAAUGGAUAAAAAAUGAGCAAAUACGAAUCCGAUAAAAAAUGUUAGUCAGAAUCACAUAUAUUUUCACCGUUGAGAGUUGGGUCUAAAACCAUUGAAAAUGAACUCCCUUUGGUACUUAAGUUGAUGAAUUUCAUUUCAUUAAACUACGCACAUAUUCAUAAAGUAAGAAUAAAUCUUAGCUAAGCUACGACACGUUAGUGAUUAAUUGCUUUUUCUUUUGUUAUGUAUUGUUUUAAUUAGGCACAGAGGUGAAAAUAUGCGAUUUUGACUAACAUUUUUGAUCGGCCUCGUACAUGCUUAUUUUUUCUCCACUUGGUAUGAAAAGCAUGUCAUUCAAUAGCUAAAAGCCUGAUCUUUCCAAAUAUGAAAACCAAUUGUUCAUACGCCGAGCGAUUCACGUAUAAUAGCGCGCUGAAGUUCGAUUACCUUUUUUUCUUUCACCCUGUAUAGAAAUCCCAUGCGAGGCACCUCCCUGAUAUAACUAAUAUUUGUGACGCAUAUAGUUAAUAACGAACCGCGAAAAAAACUGGAAAGGACUUUGGAAAAGUCGAGUGCCCUGAAUCUGCUUGUAGACCAGCUGCUUGAAUACCGUGUAAUGGUAUUCAAGUAGUUGGUGAACAAGCAGAAGUCAGCCAAGUCGUCUGAGAUGAAUUAUAUUAAUAUAUUAAUUUCAGACGACUUGGCCGACUUCUGCUUAUUCUUUCCUCAACACGAGGGAAGGGCCUGGGAACGAGGUUGGCUACUCAUUUGAAACUAUAUACGAAGUGCCAUUCAACAGCGCCUCUCUAUCCUUGACAAUUCUUCUACAACAUUGACGUGAUGACAUUCUUUGAUAUCUUAUUUUGAAAUUCUACUGAAUUUUACCGAUUGUGCUGCCUGUUGAAAUUGGCGUCAUUGUCUGUUCAAAUUGCAUCUCCUGUUCUUUUGAAAAGUCGGGUUACGGAAAAGUUAAUAGUGAUCGCCAGCGACAAAAUUUUCAUACAACUGUUAUUCAAUGUGGAAACAGUCUUGAACGAACUGAAAUAAGCCUUGUUCGUAGAACAACAACCAAUUAAACAUGUUUCAUGUAUGUUUGGCUGUUGAUCUGUAAACGAGGCUUGGAACUAAACUGUUUCAAAGAUGAAUUAAAUUCCAAAAUGAUCAUUGGUCUUAAGGCCUGAUUCCACGGGCGCUUUUUCUCGGCGAAAUGCGAAAUAUUUCGCCUGUUUCUUUUGAAUUGUGAGCAAUCAAGUAGAAAUAAUUUAUUCGAGUAGUCGGGAUUCAAAAGAAACAGGCGAAAUAAUUCGCAUUUCGCCGAGGAAAAGCGCUCGUGGCAUCAGGCCUUUAGAGCAAGUUCGAGUGGUAUCGAAAAGCUCAAAGGUUCCACCACAAUCUUCACUACAUUGUCAAUUAACCUGCAUGCUUGAAAAUGUUUGGACCUAUUCCCUAAUGAACGAAAUUUUGGUCUAGACAAAUAUUUUUUCAAGGCUUGCAAAAACAUCACAAAAUUAGUAAUAUACCGAAGUUGUAAAAUGCGGAUAAUAUAGCCCUGCAAAGUUUGCCGUUUUUCAGUCAUUUUCACGAGAAAUUGAUACCUUUUCUCAGAAAGCGGAAUCAAUUUCCCGUGCGUAAUACAAGAUAGAGAGUUUAUUUUAAAGCUUCGCGGUAUACAGCAAACGUCAGGCAAAGAAAAAUUUUACGGUACAGGCAAUAAAGAGUAAAUGAACUUGCUGUUUUAAAACUGCAAUGCAUGACAAUUCUUUCGACACAAGAAAGAAAAUAUGAAACGAAAACGUUCAACGGAAAUUUUGCGAAGAAAGUUCCAACCUGCCGUUUUGCCGUUCCCGGAAACGCGAACAAACUUCGCAGGGAUAUAUUAUCCGCAUCAGUUACAACCUUUCGCAACGAAAUUACUGGAAUAUUACUAAUUUUGUGAUGCUCAGUCAAGCUAUGGCGAAAUGUUUGUCCAGACUUGUCUAGAUCAAAAUUUUGUCCAUUAAUUAAGGAAUGCGCCCAUUAGGACAAAUCGGUAAAACAAAAUAUACUUGUUUUGCCGAUUUGCCCUAAUGGGCCGAUAGUUUAUGACUAUUGAGCAGCGCAGGAAUAUUUUAAUUGAAAGAUUGAGCGGAAGUGACAGCAGAAGUAACAGCUAUGACGAUGGUGAAGAAUAUAACACAACGCACGCCUCGAUUUUUCAAGGUAAUUAAAGGUUAUUUCGAAGAAUCGAGGCGUGUGUUGUGCGAUCCACUGCAAACAAAUCCUUGGGCAUCUUGAGGAGGACUUGUUAUGAGUUAACGGAUACACAUGUACAUGUGAGGAUAAUAGACCUUUCCAAGGUUUCUACCGCCAUAUUGCAGGGGGUGCAAAAACAUUGGGGCGAGCGCGCCGCCACCAAUGGCGCCCAUACUAUUUCCUAUUGAGUGAGUGAAAAUUACCUUUUGACAUUUUGUCCUUUUUCUCAAAAAAUUUCUAUACAAGCAUAUCCAAUUUUUAUUUUUAGAUAAUCGCUGGGUUUUUUCUGAUAUGUGGCCGAGAUUUCUUGCUAAUCGAAGGACAGGAAGUAAUAAAAAACGGCGGCUUUUGUUGCACACCUUGACCGACGUUUGAGCGAUGAUUCUUAUUAUUUCGUUUGUUUAACCGAUCUUUGGAAGAAUAUUUGUCCAUUAAGUGUGUAAGUCCUUUGGUGUCCGCCAUUAUUACUGUUUAUAUUUGUAUAUUUGUACAAAAUCAUCGCUCAAACGUCGGUCAAGUUGUACAACAAAAGCCGCCGUUUUUAUUACUUCCUGUCCUUCGAUUAGCAAGAAAUCUCGGCCACAUAUCAGAAAAAACCCAGCGAUUAUCUAAAAAUAAAAAUUGGAUAUGCUUGUAUAGAAAUUUUUUGAGAAAAAGGACAAAAUGUCAAAAGGUAAUUUUCACUCACUCAAUAGGAAAUAGUAUGGGCGCCAUUGGUGGCCGCGCGCUCGCCCCAAUGUUUUUGCACCCCCUGCAAUAUGGCGGUAGAAACCUUGGAAAGGCCUAUGAUAUAUUUGUCUCUGGUAAAGUCGACGGAAAGUGAUGGUUCUCAAGUAUGGUCCCCACAAACUACUAACUUGAUGAAGAGCAUAGAGAACGUACAAAGACGUGCUACGCUCUGGAUUUUGGGAAUAAAACGCUGAGAUUUUGCCCCACGUGGAACGUUAAAAAAAUGGAACUUCUACCUGUUGCCUAUGUGAUAGAGAGUUCAGAGGUUUACUGUUCUACUAUAAAUAUAGAAACGGUCUCAUUGACCUUGACUGAUAUGGGAAAGCUGACGUCAGUUGGCUGUAGUCGAACCAGAUGGGGUUCAUCGUCUUACCUAUACAGAUACCCUAUAUUGCAUAACUGGCAGUACUUUUAAAAUGUCAUAUACUUUAAUAGAAUUGUUAAUUUGUGGAACUUUAUCCUAAAUGUAGCUCCUCCUGAUACGAUUUCAAUUAUUUCUAUCGCUUUAAAACGUCUUGUAUAAGAUUUACAAAGACCUUCUUUUUAAAGCUACGUUUACUGCACGCUGCAAUCAAUCGUGUACGCCGAUUCGUUUUCUGGUGUAUGCCAUUGAGUAACCACGCGUAAGCUGGCUACAUUUGAAAAUUCUUUUUAAUGAAAAGGCAAUGAAUUAUGGCGCCAGUACUCAUUUUAAUACGCCAGAAUACGAAUCGUACACGACAAAUCGCAGCGUGUAAACGUAGCUUAAGAUAUUUGAUCCAGAUUUAACAUGUACUUAUACUCGCUGAAUAAGACGUGUUCAUGUCAUAGUCUAUAUAUUUUUAAUUAAAUCUUACUUAAUUUUAUAUUAUUAUUUUUUUGUAUUUUGGGCUGACAGCCAGCAUGGGACAUCGCGUCCCUUUCGUGUCUAGCCUUAUUUCGCUGUUACCAAAUUAAAGUUGUUAAACAAUCACCCGUAGCAAGGUUCGUACACGACUUAAAAUUGCGACGUAAAUAAAUUUAAAAGCAUAUAUGGGAAUUAAAAAUUAACUUUGUCUUAUUUGAAAGAACCUUUAAAGUUCCAUAUGAAGACCCUUUACAACGUUUUCGUACCUUGCUUGGUUUUCAAAAUAUUUUGACCAAAAACAGUACAUGUGCAGUCCGCCAUGCAUCUUGGUAUUAUAAUUGACCUACUUAACUGAGUUUUUUAUGACGUCACAAGCAGGGUAGACUUGUUACAACUUCUUCAUGUGGGACUAAAUUUCUUCGAAAAGUUUCUUAAAAUGUUGUGAGUUAAACGAGUAAUUAAAAGACCUCGGAAAAUCGAGUUUCAUACAUAUAUAUCUUAUACAGCUAUUUCAAUUAAGGUUGUCCACGAGCAACUACGGCGGAAAAGUCGAAUACGAGCGCGAAAGGCUGCUGGGAACCGCUUUGAAAAUUAAUUAAUUUGUUAGCGAUUCCCAGCAGCCUUUCGCGCUCGUAUUCGACUUUUCCGCUUUGCUCGUGGACAAUCUUAAUUGAAAUAGCUGUAUACACUAGAUAGUGCAUCUAAUUAUUUUGCAAUUCAAAAAUUGAAGCCGUGAUUGCAGUCUCGGGUCGUUCCCAUGAAAUGAGAAGAUUCGUAUGUUUUUUUAUUUCUUAAACAGGGAACUUAAACAUUAAGUUAACCCUAUUCCAAAUAUACAUUUUUAAACUAUUCAAAUGACGAAAGUUAUUGUUGUUUUUAAGCGUUUAUUAGCAAGUGGGAACGACCAACAUGGCUGGCAUCUAUUCACUGAAUGGGGGGUAACCGCUGGAAUAUUCAUGCCUAAUUCAAUUUUACUAAAUCAGAUGCGCUAUCUAGUAUAUAUAAGAUAUCUAUGGUUUCAUAUUGAUAUUAAAUGAUCCAGCAUUUUGAUCCGGAAAAACAAGUUGAUUUAUUUAGAAAAACAAGCAUAAUAUACGGACUAAUUGUAAAGAAAGUUUAUAUAUCACUUUAUAUGUUUUAUAUCAAAUAAGACAAACUUAGGGGCGGACCAUUUGACUUUUGAGGGGGGGUGGAAGAUUUCGAAAAAAAAUUUCCUGCAACCCAAGGAGAAAGAAAAAAAAAUCAUGCAGCACAAAAUCGAGAAAAAAAAAUAUCAUGCAAAAGAGAGCGCUCAAAAAAAAAUUUUCUACAUGUAACUCUACUGAUGCUCUUCACUUCAGUAUUGUGUCCACAGGCUUGCAAGAUUUUGCAUUUUUGAGCAGGCACAUUUGCUUAAAAGAACACGGGGUGAACAGUGGAUAACAUCACAGGGAUUCUACCGCCUUUGGAGCCUCUGACAUACGAUAGCCAGUGGUGUUCCCUGGCAAAAUUGUUGCCCCCCCCUGAGAAAAUCUGGGCUUAAGAUAAUUAUCCAUGGCUGAAAACGCAGGAAAUAGCAUUUCCGAGGUUCAAAUUUUAAAAUUUUCUCGGGGGAGCAUGCCCCCGAACCCCCCAAGGUUACAGGUCAUUCAUAUACUGUACCCUCCCCCAUUUUCGAGUACUCUACUCUAUCCCUGCAUGUUUUAGGUUUUGGUGCAGUUAUACAUUCUUUGUAAGUAAACUUGCACGCUUUAGUGUGGGGAACAUUAAGACAUAACCAUAUAUAAAAUAAAGCACAGUGAAAAUUCCUUGGCCCCUCUUGGGAUUCAGUUCUCGGCCUCCCCUGACUGAAAACCCCUGCUACGUCUCCGAUGAUAGCUAUAUGAAAGCCUAAAGUUACUGUAAGCCGUUAUUAUGAGAGGCAAAAAAAAUAUCCUGCGGCCAAAUAUAUUGGGAAAAAAAUAUCUUGCGCUGCACUUUUACAGGAAAAAAUAUCUGUCUCGUUCGCCUGGGCGGAAAAAAAAUUCUUGCACAGACUGAAUCUUCCACCUCCCCCCUCAAAAAUCAAAUGGUCCGCCCCUUAUGUUGUGAGUUGAGAUUUUAGACGGUACACCAAAUAGAAAAUCAUCUCUGUAAUUUUGCUUAUAUUGCUGUGAAUAUUUAGCAACGUUGAUUAAAAGGUUGCAUGCUAUGAUGCUAUAAACUAGAAAAAAAGAGCUAUAAACAAAGUAUUAAUUUUGAGAAGUAUGCCAAAAAUAUUGUAGGUUUUGAAACGUCUUCAUGGCAAAUAAUAACAUAGACAAAAUUGGUUCUUAAUCACAUUAAGACAUUGAUAUAUCAGUGUGACAGCUAUAUAUAUAUAUAUAUAUAUAUAUAUAUAUAUAUAUAUAUAUAUAUAUAUAUAUAUAUAUAUAUAUAUAUAUAUAUAUAUAUAUAUAUAUAUAUAUAUAUAUAUAUAUAUAUCAGUAUGACAGUAUGACAGAUGUUUAUCAGGAAAAAGUCCACAUGUUAUGGUAAAAAGUGUAAAGAACUGAGUUUUUCAGCUUAAUAAGGUGGUCAUGCGUUGGCAAUCUAAUCCCCUAACAUAUUUUGGCUGGGAAUGAAGUACUAUAAAUUUAUCUCAUCACAGGUCGUAGGUUCCCUCGAAGACCAAAACAUCAAGUUAUUGUCGAGGCAAAAUUUGAUGGCGAGACGUUGUGCACAGAUCCAAUUAAUCAUACCGAGAGUCCAAACUUUACAACUGAGUUGGCAUGGGAGUUAGAUAAGAAGGCGUUACAUCAGCACAAGUUACAAAGAACACCUAUAAAACUACAGGUUUGAUGAUUUGAUAUAAUUUCUUUUAUUUCAUCAUCUUUAUUGGACACAUUAAAAAAUCCCUUUUGUCAUGUCUGCUUUUGUGUAGUGUUUUGCAAUUGAUACAAUUGUAUCCCAAAAAGAAAUGGUUGGCUAUAUCAUUCUGGAUUUGCGAUCCGCCCAAGCAAAAUUACAGGUACUAUAGGUGAUCAAUCUGAAUAAGUAAAUGUACAUAAGUGAAUGUAAUAUACAUGUAUAUGGUAUAAUAACUGUAUUACCUAGAAAUAAAUAUGAUAUUCAAUUGAUAGCUAUAUUUGACAUAUACUUUCAGCAAUCAGCUGUGUAUCACUAGUAUUACUAAUAUCACUUUUAGAUCAGUUUAUUUAAAUUAGGAUUGUUUGACAUUGAAACAAAAACUAGACUAGCAUGAUAGUAAACUUGUGACCUUACAGUACCUUAGUAUCAAAAGCUGUUGAAGGUUUCUAAGUGGAUUCUAACCCUAGAUUGUCAUUAUGUAUAAAAUCAAUCUGUUAAUUAGGAUUUUGUAAUUAUUGACAUCAAUUGGAAGAAAAUAGGGUAUUUAUAGGUAUAAAAAAUGACAGCUAAAAAUUGUGAAUUAUUGCAUGCUGAAUGUUAUGUUCUAGCGUCCACAGUGGUUUCCACUACUGAACAGUAAAUACCAGCGUCUGAAGCCAGAAAUACAAGUUAUGCUAAAUUUAGAAGAUGAUUCAUUGAAAAAGCAGGAACAGAGGUCACCACCACAACAUUCCACACCCAGUAGGAAAGGUGUGUUGUCACUUGCUGUAUCUUAUUUGAAAUUCAUUGUAUUUACACUCUUGAUGGAUUCCUUUUGAAUUGCAUUCAAUUAAUUAAAAACAUUAAAAAUUAAGCACCUAAUCAAGUAUUAUUCAUUCAACGACUUUUGAAAAUUAUUGGGGGAUGAGAUGUCGCCAUCGUCCCCCUCUUACCCCCGUUGCCCCCUUAACUUUACGAAAACGCUUUACUCGUUUUUGUUUUUUCUACAGAUGACAUAGAUCCACUGGGUCUUCAACCAGUUUUGAAUGAAGAGAAAGGUUUUUACCAGCUUGGACCAAACACUGAGUCAUCAGAGAUUUUUGUUCUGUCUGUUACCAUUAGUUACGCUGUGAACUUAGCAAAGGUAAAUACUAAAACGUAUAAUAUAUUUGUGCGUACUUAGGUAUGUACUUUGCCAACACGUACAGGUAUGGUAGCGGUAUCCAGAUCUGACUAACAUCUUGUACUUUUUCUGUAGCUAAUUCCAUCAUCCUUUGUCGUGCCGGAUGGUCAAGGGUUUUACUUUCAAUAUAGUUUAUUUGGCAAUAAUGUUUCCAGUGACGUCUUCUCUGACUUACUCCAACCAAAUUUCUCACCAGAACGGGCUUCUGUGAGGAUACGUUCUCAGCUGAAACUACUUCGAGUUUUUCUGAAAAUUUUUCCUGGAAUUAAGGUAAGGUAUACUAAAAGUCGAGUGGUCACUAUUUUGGUCAGUAUUUACUGCAUGAUCAUCUCACUAGGGACGCAUCCAGGCUCAACAGGGGAUGUAUAUUUUAAGACACUGGGAUUAUUUAAGAAAUAUAAAACCGCGUGCUUUGGUGGUGUUACACGUACAUGCUCAUUUCACAACCAACAUUUUAUGUCAAAACAACAUGAAAAGUUUGAAAACAUCACUGUAAAAAUAACCACUUUCUGCUCAAAAAUGGUUAUUUUCCCGCGCAUAAUGCAAAUAUAUACAAAAUUUGCGAAUUUCACAGGGCUAUAUUUUCCUCAUUUUUCAACAAUUUGCAACCGAACUUUGCAAUUUCACUCAUUUUAAGAUGCUCUUUCCAGCUAUGGUAAUGGAUUUCGUUCUUCUUGACUCAGGGCUGCAAAUAAAUAUUUGACUUGACAGGACAUUUGCCCGAUCACUUUUAAUUUUGGUCGGACAUAACUUGAAUUUGGUCGGACAAAAACCAACACCACUAAAUUUGGUCGGACAUAUAUACGUCACAAGAUAUAUAUAAGUCACGAGACAAGUAUAUGUAUAGCCAUUCCGGCGCAACGUUAAGUAAAAUGCUAGAAUGCCUCGUAAAUUUUAUUGCAAAAUACAAAUGGAGUGAAUUUGCAAUCGGAUUUUGUCACAGCAAAAAAUGUAUAAUGUGACGAUUUUUUUUUGUGAUCUGACCAAUGUCCGAGCAAAAUUACUUUUGCUCGGACAUUUGCCAAAUUUAGUCGGACAUUGUUCGAUGUCCGACAGUAAUUUGCAGCCCAGUUGACUAGAUCAAAAUUUCGUCUUUGCAGUAGCUGAAAUCAUCCAUUGUUACAUUUUAUUGUAGAUCAUGUUGUAUUGCGGUGGUCGUCCAUUGGGUACAACGAACAUCUCUCUACACUCUUUAAUUGCUACUGAUGAACCACUGACUGCUCCUGCCGUACUACAAGCAUUAUUUCCUCUUACAUCUUCCAAUGACGAACCUCACUCCGGGUCUAGCGAGUUUCCAGCUAUUGGCGUUUCUGUAGUGUUGAAGAAUGACGACAUGAAUGUGCCUCCUGCUCAAGAAACACAUACGGUUGGAAAUAUGCUGCCAACAAGCAGCCAUCGGGUAUGUAACAAGUAUUACAUAUACCGUGGGUGUCCCGCUAUUUGAAAAGGGCGCUUUGAUAUUUGAAAAUGGCGUUUUGCUAUUUGAAAAGGGCGUUUUGGCAUUUGAAAAGGAGUCCCGCUAUUUGAAAAGGGCGCUUUGCUAUUUAUACUUUGCUCGCCGUCUAUACUUGUGGGACUUUAGCCUAAUAACUUUGUUUGGAAAUCAUAGGGACAAGACGAAGAACGUUCCAGUAACACACUGAGAUCAGAAAUUCCACAGAAGAAUGGACAGUGUGAAACCAACGAACGAGUGGAGAACAAGGCAGAGAAUCUGAAGGUAAGAAGUUAAUGGAAAAUUAGGCAAAUUAGGCUUUCUUGUAAAAACUUAGGUAGGGUAUGUCGGUUUUAACUUUUUUUUUAACUUUUUUUUUUAAUUUUCCUAACAACCGGACGCCAUGUUUGUUUCGUUAGUGCUUCCACAUCCAAAGAUAAAUUUCCCUAAUAUUGCCUCAAAUUUCCAUUUUCCACAAACGUUUUCCUCUAAGUGGAAACACUUACAAGCAUGGUCCAAUAAAAAAGUUUAGGGUCGGGAUUUCGGCGUCCAAAAGCUAGGUAGGGUCGGGAAACCAGAGACCCACACAUCCCCCCCCCCCCCCCCAACAAUAUAUGUGACCUAUUUGAUUGUGAAGCAUAACUGCAAUUUGCACUCAGAUUUAACUGUUUUCAGCCUUUUACUGUAGUUUGUCUUGUUUUGCUGAGCAGAGUAAAUUGAAUACGUAAUUAGCCCAUUGUAAAAUGAAUACGUAAUUAGCCCAUGCAUCACUGGCGGAGGUAUACAGUCACUCUGAGUGCCCUCUAGGUUUUUCGUGUGUCCCCUUUUAAACUUGGAACCCGAGGCAAAUUGCCCCUGCUGAAUUCAUUAAACCAUUAUUUGUAACUUAGUACCUGUUAACGUUUAGUUCGUAAAAUGAGUAACGUACAGAAACUUAGUAAAAUUUAUUGCAAUUCCAGACGUCUCCAAAUGCAGACUCAUCAGAGGAAAAACCAGAAUACAACAGACUUUCAUUUCAUCAUUUCUGUUAUUCUGUUGAUCUACGCAGUAUUUGUGAUCUACAAGUCACCUCUUCUGUUAAUUGUUAUUUGAAGUGAGUAAACCACUAAGCUUAUUAUAGACUUUCUUUCAAGUAUAAAAGUUUUUAGUGUAUUAGUGUGAAAAAUUGUGCUCUUUGAAACAGUUGUCGGGAGUUGACAGAAUGCCAAAAGUGGGGGGGGGGAUAGUAACCCUUCCCGAACUGUGUGGAUAAAAUACAAUCAUUCAGUAUCAUUCAGCCGUGUAAAUAAACACGGGUUAAUUAUUACUACUCUACUUAAGAUGCUGUGGGGCGAUAGCAGUCCAGCUAUUUUAACGCUACUUUUUACUCUUAUUCACAGGUACUCGUACCCAUUCUUCGGCAGUGCAGCUCCAGUAAUCACCAGUCCCCCAGUAGAAGUGCGCCGACAUAUGGAAGUCCUGCUACCGAAAUCAUUUUGUGCUUUUGAUUUUGCAACCAAUCCUGAAGUGUUAAAGGAAACGCUAUCAAGGUAACGUAUAGAUUUACACCAAGCGUCUUUUUCUGUUUCUGCUGAUCUCUUUAGAACUAUUUUUGCAACGUUUGUUUGACAGUGGCGAAGCUAGCCAUGGCAUUAGCCAUUCCGAAGUUGAUGAGUGGACUGGGGACGAGCGUUAAAAAGUGCCCAAAUUAAGAAUUGAACCAAAUCACUAAAAAGACCACGUCAAAAUUAGUAAGUAUACAAAGUUUGACGACGUUUACAUGAAUACCCUUCGAAUAAUAAGCUUUCGAAAAUGGUGGUAGUUUACUAUGAAAUGUAUUGUAAUUUUUGUUUUUGGGAUGCGCGUCCCAAAAACAAUCUUUUAAUCAGUAAUUUCACAAUUUUCGAAAGCUUAUUAUUCGAAGGGUAUUCAUGUAAACGUCUUCAAACUUUGUAUACUUACUAAUUUUGAGGUGGUCUUUUUAGUCAUUUGGUUCACUUCUUAAUUUGGCACUUUUUAACACUCGUCCCCAGUCCUCUCAUCAACUUCGGAAUGGCUAAUAGGUUAAAGACAACACGUUUUCUAAAUGUUUGAAUAAUGCAAAUCAUUAAAAAUUUGCAUAGCUUGACCUGUUGUUGUGGCUAGCUUCGCCACAGUUGUUUUAAAUCAAGUUCAUCCUUAUAACACAUGGAAUUUGAUAGCUUUUCACUGUCAUUAUGUAGAACGAAUAUUUCUAUAAGAUGUCAAUGUUCAAAUUUUUAAUUUAACUCUCUACCAUCUGAAGAAAUUAACUCUGUUUUCUUAGCAAGCUUAUUUUAAUUUAGGCUCCCUUUAAACACGCAUUAACUGAGGCAGUCAUUUAUUUAAAUUUAUAAUACUAUUUACAUUUAACCUCGGCAGACAAAUGUGCACGAUCAUCAAUAUGCUAUUAAAAUUAACAUUAACAACAAUUAUGAAAGCUUUUUCAGUAUUUGAGGCAAAAAAUACUUUCAAUUUCAUCUGAAAUUUAUUACGAUUGUAAAUAUAAUACACAUGUAAUAUUUUUUUAGCAGCAAAAUAAAUCAUCAACUUCUGAAGCUAUCUAGUAUAGGCAACGUUAGUUUAGUUACAUUCUGUGAGGGAUCCUAUAAUUUCGAACCAUUUUCUUAGAUUUUUCAGCACGGUUUGAAAGAUUUUUUGUAAUAUUUUAUUCUAAAAUUGUUUCACAGUGUUCCUCUAGUCAUUGAAGUUUGGCAUCGUGAUCCUCUGACGAAAGAUGUCUUGCUUGGCGUUGCCAGGGUAACACUGGGUCACGUGUUUGCUGCUAAGAAACUUAAAGCUGCAGUAAGUUUGGUACCCUUGGGUUUUAAACUUUUAGAAUGUUUUCGUUCUCGUUCCUUUUUUUUAGAUGAUAACUUGUAUAUUUUGUUCUUGUAGAGAGGGAAACCGAGUACUUACGGGCAAAUUUUAAGUGAGAGGGUUCAUAUUAUUGCUGACGAUAGGUAGGUUUGAGUGACUACUGUAUGUUCAAUGUGCGAUAAAUCAAAGAUGUACCCAUACUUUUUCUCCCUACUGUUUCCCCUUCUGUGUCCUUAAAUAAGUGCUUAUUGUCUCUUAAGGAAGCCAAUUGGAGAGUUGAAUGUUGUGUUGGGACUAGAAGAUCUUGGACCGGUAUCUCGUGAGCACUUGCAGGCUCAUAUGAAUGGAUCUGAGGUAGACUGCGUCAUGAUAUCAUGAAAGUUUUAAAAUACACAUUACAUGGAAAUUUCAAAUCUUUUAAACUGUAUAUGUUCUUGUUUCAGGCUUUGUCCAAUGCGGAAAGUCCGCAGCGUAAAUCACCUACCAAACCUCGGAAAGAAGAUUCCAGGAAUAGAGAACCUACGAACAACGAUCCCAGAAACAAUGACCCCAGGAUGAUGGCAGAAUAUCAAACCGCUCUGGAACUUGAAAUGUGGAAACAGCAGCAGGAAGAACUUUUCACAGCACAAGUAUGUCUAACUAAUUUAUAUAUUCGUAGGGCCGCAUGUUCGAUUCCUGCCUGAGGCUUGCGGUUGCGUUUUUUUGCAACUGUUCAUGGUCAGGUUUAAAAUUGUAUAUAAAUUUUCACUGAUUUCACAUCGACUUAAGGAAGGCCUGUUAAUCUUUUUCAAUUCUUUUCAGUAUCUAGAGAGAGGUAAUAUAUAUUAGUCCUCGUUUGUGUUAUCUAUUGUUUAGUUGAAGACGAAGGAGGUGGAAAAGAUUAGAACGUUGACAGAGGAAUGGAGAAAACGAGAUAAAGAAAGGGAGAUUUUAACAAAGAAAAAGGUGAGUACUUCAUUGACGUAACACUUAAUAUGUAAAAAAACCCGACAAUUUUGAUCGGAAGCCAAAAACUGGGACUGGAUUAUGUGAAUGUGGUCAGUUAAAAUGCCAUAAAGUCCAAAUGUAAACUUUGAAAUGAAUUCAUUUCAAAAACUUUGUUAAACGUAUUGAUGCCUUAUGAAGAAAAUCCAAAAGAAAUCAAUGUUUUAUGAGGCGCUGCAUCCACAUGCCGCAUUUUCCUGAUUUGCAUGAACUUUUCCCUCGAUUUUCUCAGAUAGAACGACUUCUUUUUAAUAGUUGUUUAAUAACACGACGAUUUAUAUUAUACAAUUACUUUAUGGUUUCCGUGUUUGGAUGGCCUGAUCCAAACACGCGGGAAUGUUGCGAGGGUUAAGAAAAGCGAGCGAAAUCACGAGCCGAAGACGAGUGAUUUUGCCCGCUUUUCUUAACUCGAGCAACAUUCCCAAGUGUUUGGAUCAUUCCAUCCAAACACGGAAACCAUAAAGUAAUUGUUUUAUAAAAUAACAACAACACGAUAGCCUUCCGUGUUUGGAUGGCCUGAUCCAAACACGGGUUUCGCCAAUCAGAAUACGCGUUAUGUACAUGUUAUUUUAUAAAUAUACUUGCAUGUAUUUCACAAGCUAGAUAGAUACAGUAUGCUUCACAUCAUAAUUCACGAAACAGGGAGUAUUAAUUAAGUUAGUAGACAAUUUUAGAAUGGUCACAACUGAAAUGUCCGCAACGUUUUGUGGAAAUUUCUGUUAUUAUGGAUUGUUAAAAAAUAAGGGUCCCCGACGGAAAGUGUUUAACAAUGAAUUAUAUGACAAUAAAACUAUAGGAAAGUUUGGUUUAACAGUGAUAAGCUAACAUAAUUAAAAUAAAUCUUGAUUUCAUUUCGCAUGCAAAGUGAGUAAUAUUAUGAUUUCCAUCUUUAGCUUGAAGAAUAUUCCCAGCUGGAGGAAAAACUAAAGAAAACUAUCAGUGAUAUAGAGAAGAGAGAAAGACAGCUAUCAGCAAGUGAAACUGAGGUAUGCUUAUUUAAUUAUUUGCUCUGUAACAUCCAUUCUCUGGACAAGUUUUAGCCAUUAAAACUUUUGUUAUAUGCAAAGAAUUUUUCACAUUGUUGUGAAGAAUAGACAUUUCCCGAAUUUGCUGGCUGGCAAUAACGACUUCUUUACAAUGGACUACGUUGUUCGCCUCGUGUCUAUUAUUUUUAUUUCUAUUAUUCGUACAUGUUAUUCAUAUGAAUAAUUUUGGUGAAGAAUUAUUCACUAGUUGAAUAAUUUUUGGUGAAGAAUUAUUCAUUUGAUAAGUAGUUUUGAUGAAAAAUGAUUUGCUUUUAAUAUAAUUUAUUUAAUGAAUAAUUUGGGUGAAGAAUCAUUCAUUUAAUUAAUAGUUUUAAUGAAACAUUCGCUUAAUGAAUCAUUUUUGAGACGAAUUAUUCACUUAAUGAAUAAUUUUGGUGAAGAAUGAUUUUUAAAGAAUAAUUUGGGUGAAGAAUUCUUAAUUUAAUAAAUAGUUUUUAUGAAAAAUUAUUCGUUUAAUAAUUUUGAUGAAGAACGAUGUUUUAAUGAAUAAAUUGGGUGAAGAAUUCUUCUCUUGAUUGAUAUUUUUGGUGAAGAAUUAUUCACUUAACUGACGAACUAAAUACGGAAAAGAAAGACGCCAAGGCAAGAUUAAUUCUGUUAUAACCGCUUCCGCAGGACAUCCAGGAGUCGAAUGCAAUUAGGAAAUGUGUCUCUGGUGUAUAAGAUGCUGUUGUUACUUGCCAGUUUGCAAAGUUAGCGUUUUUCUUUUGCAUAUCAUUACGCAUUCAGGCAUGCAAGGAAAAUAUUCUAUUAUUUAUUAUUUGCUUAUUAGUUACUCUCAAAAAAAUAGCGCAAAUCUAUGGCACAACUGAUUCAGGUAUUUCUAAGAUUUAAUUUCUGAAAGAGAAUACGUGGUAUUAUUAUUCAGGUGAUCUGACGGUGAACAAAAGGACUGGGAGUAGCAACAGAAUAGAAAUCCAGUUCGUACCUUUAAUCACUUGUCACGCCCUGAUUCUUUUGUGAAACUGUUUGAAACUUUGUGUCUGUGUCUUGCACAGGGAAAUGAAUACCUGGGACAAAUUUGAGAUAGAAAUCUAAUACCGUUAAUGAGAUAUUGAGUAAUUUUAAAAAAUGGAUUUCUAUUUUACAACUAGUGCCAGGCCUUUUCCGAGUUCCGAGAUCACCUGGAUAUUUAGUUACGAGGAAAGAUAUUUAAGGGCAUCAAAAACUUCUUUCCUGAGCAAUGCCUUCAUCGAAAAGAAUAUCACAGAAUUAAUGCGUUUAAGAUAGAUAGAUAUAGGUAGAUAUAGAUAAACUUUAUUAAUGUGUCUGAUCUUCUAGCCGACCGAAAGUUCUACUAAUCGGGGACACCUAGUAUAUACAUGAUGUAAAAAUAUAUAUCUAAUAUAAAUACACAUAAACAUAAACACACUAAAAUAAUACUAUCUAUAUAUGCAUGCAUGGUACAUUUAGACAUGCACUUUCUGUUUGUUUCGACACUUAAAGCAGGUAUACAACCUAACUGAGUGAGCUUUCAAGAUUUUCCCGUCUGAUAUGUUUCUUAAUAGAUUUUUACACCUCUCUUCGAGUUAAAUUAAUUAUUACACGCUCAUUACUGUUCGUCACAGAUAUAUAAUGAACGUGAAAGUGCGAUGGGAACCAGAUAAUUGUACGACAGAUGGUUGAAUAGACUUAUAAGCAUCCGAUGUUUUGUUCAAUAUAUUUGAAUUUAAAACAGUUUUACUUAAAAUAGUAUACAUCGCUAUUGAUUUAUCGUAUAUACUGUUUUACAUGCACGCUUUGGACAUUGUCAGAGUUCAUGCGAAACGAUUUAUCAUAUAUAUGCAUCGUUUUCUAACUGUUCUGUACCUCUUAAUUGAUUCCAUCAGAAUUGGCGUUUUUACUGAUUUUUUAUGUUGCAUGCUUUAACUAAUAGAACACAAUACAUUAAAUUUCUUCAUAACUAGGCCUAUAUAUUUACAGACAUUGUAGUCACAGUAUUGUGACUGUGUGAAAAAAGUUAUUUAUAUUCAAUAAUAUUCACUAACUAACCGUCGAAAUUUAAAUCCAAUCAUUGGAAUCCUAAAUAGUCGACCUUCCUUUUGCGCAGUGAAACACAAACUUUAUGACGUAACUUUUUUGUAGUUUACUUGUUUGUUUUUAAAGAGUAUUUUGGCUUUUUCAUGCACGUCCCAUAUGAAUAUUAGGGACUGGUCAUAAAGUAACUGCUAGGGUGGGCUGGAGGUAAAUCACAAAUUUUGCCCGAAAAGCUUGGUGACCCAUCUUAGGAUGUAGAUAAAAAUUUCAAAGCCCAUCUAAUCUUACCAAAUUUAUUUCAUGACCCACCCACCCAAUCUAAAUUGGGAAAAUACAAUUUUAUAAUAAAAACAACUUGCAGGUAUGAACAUUGUAAAUACACACCGGCACUGUAUUGACAUACGUAAUUCCACCAAGCUUGACCAGCACAUUCAUCACCUGAAUUACGAUACUGAGCUGCUCUCCAGUUGGUUUUGUUUGCUGUGAUUCGACCACUUCUUGUUGUUGUACAGUAUAAAACAAAGUACUGGCUUCAAUAGCAUCAUUUGCAUUUGAUAAUUUGGAUAGUUUUGUUUACUUUUAUUAUUAAUAUCUUUAUGUAAUAUAUAAUUAACAUGGGUUUUUGUUUGGUGGCCCAACCGUGGACAUAUCAAAAAAUUGGCGGCCCAUCGAAACUACCCAAAGAUUUUCCAUGGCCCAUCCCAAAUCACUCCAGCCCACCCUAGCAGUUACUUUAUGACCGGUCCCUUAUGAUGGUGAUACGAGCAAAGAGAUUCAAGGGUCUUCCAAAGCUUCUUUUUUGAGCAAUUUCUUCGUACAAAAGAAUAUCACAGAAUUGAUGCUGGAAUUUAAAAUCACUAUAUAUAAUGUAAUAGAUAAUUCCAACUAUAGUCUAAAUUUUGAUCUAGGUAAGAAGACCAAAAUCCAUCACCACAGCUACAAAGAGCAUGUUAAAAUUAGUAAAAUAGCAAAGUUUGGCCGCGAAAUGUUGUAAAAUGCGAAAAAUAUAGUUCUGCGAAAUUUGCAAAUUUUGUAUUAAUUUGUAUUACGCACGGGAGAAUGCAUCACUUUCGACCCAAAUGGGGUGCAUUUUCCUGUGCGUAAUACAAAUUAAUACAAAAUUUGCAAAUUUCGCAGGGCUAUAUUUUCCGCAUUUUACAACAUUUCGCGGCCAAACUUUGCAAUUUCACUAAUUUUAACAUGCUCUUUGCUGUAGCUGUGGUGAUGGAUUUUGUUCUUCUUGCCUAGAUCAAAAUUUAUUCCAUAGCUGGAAUUAUCCAUGCAUUGACCAGUUACGCUACACAAUGUAAUCAAACAAUAUUAUUUACAAACAAAGCGCUAAAAUUUAUAGCAAUCGUUCACGUUGGAAUCCUGACUAGUAUACACCUUUUUGUGCACCACAACACAAACGUUUGAAAGGUUUGUUCCGUUUUAUAGUUCACUUUUUCCACAUUCCGUGAAUAUUAUGAUGGUUACGAGCAAAGAGAUUUAAGGGUGUUAAAAGCUUCUUUUCUGAGUAACUUCUUCGUCCAAAAGAAUAUCACAGAAUUGAUGCUUGAAUUUAAAAUCACUAAUGUACUUGACCAGUUACGAUACACAAUGUAAUCAAAACUUUCGACGGUAAAGAAGACUGUCCCCUGUGUUAAAGGUAGCAAGAAAAGAGCAAAACAGAUAACGACAAGAAAGCAAGAUCUUGCGUGCCGGCUUUCGCGAAUAAUUUGCCUUUUCGUAAUAUGUUGAUUUCCAUCACUUUCGCAUGCUGGCCUUCUUUCGGAACGAAUUAGCUUUCGUAUUACAAGAUAUAUUCUUGUGUAAACAAAUCCAGUAAAAAGGAAAAAUGCCAGUAUCCAUCCCAUUCGGACAAUUAUGGUUACUGUGUGAUCACGGAAUGAAUAUACAUUUGCUGAAAAUAGAGCAAGUCCACUUCCACACACAUAGAUUAAAAUUCGUUUUUUUGUCAGUUUGGUUUGGUAGUAAUAAGGAUGCAGCACUCCAAUGUAUCUUUCUAUUGUCAUUGCGGAUAGUGUUGCCGUUGACAAUGCACAAGUUAGGUAAGUGGUUCGAAGAGCUAGAAUGUUUAAACUGCAGUUAUUGUCCAGAAAUGGGAACAAUAAAUAAUAGAUGAAAAUAGGUAUACCUAGAAAACCAACGCCUAAAUCGACGACAGAUUGAAGUAAGAUGACGAAGUAACAAACUUUGCUUCUGAGUUGAGACGAUUUUCUUAUUGUUAUUACUGAGAUUCCGUUUAAUAAUAUUGUUGAGAACAACAAUAUGCUGUUGAUAACAAGCAAUGCAAUUCGAGAACCUUCGUACUUUUUGUUCGGAAAUUGAUCUAAAAUCACAUGAGUAGUUUCGGCAAAUUUGCACGUUGUCAAAAAGGCAUCAUUCUCUUCGCUGUCAUUCAUUAUUUAUGAUGGCAAAUUGUAAGCGUGUUGCCCAGUUGCUUGCACUGCAACGUUUUAUAUCAAAGAACACAGUGAACUGAAGUAUAAAACAUAUAGUGUGAACCACAACUCACAAGCGAUAUUGUGGCUCAGAAAUGAAACUGUUAAAUUGCUGGAAUAUGUUUCUUAAUAGAUUUUUAUACCUCUUUUCGCGUUAAGUUAAUUAUACACGCUCAUUACUGUUCGUCGCAGAUAUAACAAUGGAAGUGAAAGCGCGAUGGGAACCAGAUAAUUGCACGACAGAUGGUUUGAUAGACUUAUAAGCAUCCGUCGUUUUGGUCAAUAUAUUUGAAUUUAAAACAGUUUUACUUAAAAUAGUAUACGUAAUGUAUGAACAACGAGAGCAAGUGUUUCACCGGGAUAUCCAAACACGAGAAAACAAUGUAUCAAAACACGAGCACAAAGCGCGAGUGUUUUCAUACAUUGUUUUCGAGUGUUUGGAUAUCCCGGUGAGACACGAGCUCGAGUUGUUUAUAUGGCUUCUCAAAUGAAUCGAGACGUAACAGAAUGUUUUCGUUUGCUGAUUUGAAUAGAGUUCUUCACCAAGCAUAACGUAAUUAGGAAUUCUAUUCAAGUAAUUUUGCAUGCGUAAUUAAGAUAUUUGAUGAAAACACUAGUGACUUUCAUCAAAUAUCUUAAUUACGUAUGCAGCUAAACUGUGUCUGACGGUGUUCGACCGCGGUAUCCAAACAGCAUCUUGUGACGGAAUGCUUACAUGCUAUUGGUUUAAUUACUCAUGAAUUAUUAAUGAAUUUGAGAAAUUGUUAUCAUGAUUUAUCGUACAGUUGUACAUGCACCCUUUGCACAAUGUCAAAUAAACACAAGUGAACUGUUAAAAGAAUAAAUAAAGUUUGUCUUGUGGUGCACCAAAUAAAUGGUGCAUCACCAUGGCUAUAUAGUUAAGCCUGUAAAUAAAUAGUUAUAAAAAAAAUCAUGUCUCAUGCAUUUUGUAAUACCGUUAAUUUUGUUUCAUGUGAUUAUUGUUAAUAACCUUAAAUAUUCAGUUAAAACGCGAUUUCUGAAGACAGAAUCAAUUUGGAGGCGUACGUACGGUACAGUUGGAGAACGAUUCAUUUGAAAAAUGAAUCGUUUGCUGGAAAAUGGCAGAUUGAUGUUUCUAGUAAAGUUUGUUCGAUCUUGCUCAACAAACUGUUUUGUUUUCACAAUUUUUUUUGGAUCAAUAAUGCUUAUACAAUAUGUUAUCUAGUCUAAGAAUAACAGUUACAUAAGAAUUAAUAACUUAUAAAUCGAAGAUCCAAAAAGGCAAGACACAAACGGGACUCUUGAAAAAGGACCCGUGCUAGGCACCUGCCAGCAAUUUAGAUUUUAUGUACUUAAAUAUUAAACAUAUUUGUAUAUAUAAUUGUAUAUUAAAAGUUCUUAAAUGGAAUAAUGAAUUAAGAAAGAGAAAGUAUAUGAUAGGAAGUGUAGAGUAAGUAAGUAAGCAAGACAUGCAGGCAGAAACAGAAAUAAGAUAGGCAUAUAGACAGACGAAGAGGCAGACGAAGAGGCAGACGAAGAGACAGACAGGUUGACCCAGCUAUAUGUUCAAAAAACAACGAAAAUAUAAUUUAUUAAUAAAACAAUCAGCUUCGUAUUCAGCUGUAAACACAACAGUAUUUACAAGUUUUUUAGUAAUUUUAUUCAUUAGAAAUCUAUUGAUUAAAAAAUACCUCUAUAUACACUGUUAAACGAAACUUUGUGGCUUUCUCAGUGGCGCCGUGGUUUCCCUUAUUGUUGAGACCCGUCGGAAAAUUGUCAAUGUUGUCGGAAUCUUCGUGGUGAAGCAUGGGAAAAAUGCUAUGGAAAUUGGGUAAAGUGCUACGAAAGCAAUUGUGAUGUUAUUGUCCGGAAAAUUUUUUUUACCCGGAAAAAGUGGGGAGAGAUUUAAAAUGUUGUUGUCCGGAAAAAUUUUUUGUUGAAAAGGUACUGCCUUCCCUCCCCCCCCCAAAAAAAAACAUGAGUCCGACGGCGCCACUGGGCUUUCUUCGUCAGUUUGGCGAAAACGUAGGUUCGUUUAUUAACACAAAAAAAAUUGCUUGUCUUUUACCGGAACGGGAAGCCAUUAUGUUCCGGAGGUGAAUAGUAUAAGGAGUAUCCGGAGCUCCACCUCCUAAAUAUAUGCUAAUAAUUAAUAUACAUGCAGGAAAGGAGAUAUAAAAUCUAUUUAGCGUAAUUGUUUGUACAGAUAAUAUAGUAUGGUUUUAUGGUUUCGAGUGCAAUUUGGAAUAAAACAUGCACGAGUGUGUUUUUCGAAGACGAUAAAAAAACCGUCUUUGGAAAACUCACGCGAGUAUGUUUUUCCAAAUUGGACGAUAAAACACACUAUUACUUAUUAAUGAUAUUCAUGAAAAUAUUACACUAUUACACUCUUCGACGACAAUUAUACGUACUCGUGCAUCCACCUGCACCGUUUAAGCUUUCAUUGUUUUCAUUGCUCGGUUUGCAAACUUUUUCAGCUUAUGUGCUCCUUGUAUUUAAUAAACGGUUGUUAAAUUAACGUAAGAUUUUCAGUUAAAUGUGCACAAAAACGUCGUCAGAAAAUGAAAAUUUACAUUGCUAUAUAUCUGCCGCCAUAUUGAUUUUAUCUGCCUCGUUUCCAGGUUCUGCUCUUGUCUUGUUAAAUUGCACAAUGUACACUUUCAAAAAAAUUGCCCUGCUUUUAGCCAAUCUGAAUCCAUGCAGUAUUUUUUCAUGUAGCUAUAUUCUUAUAUGCAUGUAAUAUUUUUGCAAGAAAUGUCCGUAACUUAGUACUAUACGUAUAUUUUAGGGUUUUAAUUAAAUAUCAAGGGCAAUUUAAAAUUGCAUUGAUAAAAAACAAUAUAAGGUGUUUUCAUGUAAAUAUUCCACCAAUUUAACAGUCUUACUAUGUAUUAUUUUAAAUAAACUGCUUUAAAUUAAAAUAUAUAUUGAAUAACACACCGGAUGCUUAUAAUUAUACCCAAGCAUCUGUCGUUUUACUAAGACAAUAUAAAGUGUCUUUAUGUAAAAUCCCAUCAAUUAACAGUUUUAUACCUUUCAGCUGAAGUAUCGCUUUUGCAUGGUUCAUGGUCAAUACUUUAUUUUAGUUCUUUCUGAGUUUGCUGUGUUACAUGAUAUAAAACGCUGCGCAGCAACUGGGCAACAGGCUUACCAUUUCCCAUCAUAAAUAAUGAAUGAGAGCGACAUAAAUGAUACUUUUUUGACAACGUGCAAAGUUACGGAAAAUUCUCAUGUCGUUCUAAGCCAAUUUCCGAACGAAAAGUAUGAAAGUUAUCGAAUUGCAGUGCUUGUUUAACUGCAUCUUGUUCUUCACAACGAUAUUAUUAAACGGAAUCUCAGUAAUAACAAUAAGGAAAUCGUCUCAACUCAGAAGCAAAGUCUGCUACUUCCCUAUCCUUCUUCAAUCCGUCGUCGAUUUAGGCGUUGGUGUUCUAGGUAUACCCAUUUUCAUCUACUAUUUGUUGUUUCCAUUCCUGGAUACUGCGAAUUGCACUUUCAUCGUUCUGGCCUUUCGAAACACACACCUGACUUGUGUAUUGUCAAUGAUAACCCUAUCUGCAAUGACAAUGGAAAGAUACAUUGGAGUGAUCCAUCCUUACCACUACCAAACCAAAGUGACAAAGAAACGAAUUUUGAUCUAUGUGUUUGAAAGUGGAUUUGUUCUAUUUUCAAUAAUUGCUUAUUCAUUCCGUAAUCGCAGAGUACUCAGCAUCAUCAGAAGGGAAUUGAUUGUGGUAUUUUUCCUUUUUACUGGAUUCGUUUACACAAGAAUAUAUCUUGUGAUACGAAAGCUAAUUCGUUCUCAAAAAAGACCAGCCCGCGAAAGUGAUGGAAAUGAAAAUAUCACAAAAAAGCAAAUUUUACGCGAAAGCCGGCAUGCAAGAUCUUGCUUCCUUAUCGUUUUCUGUUUUGCCCUUUUCUUGCUACCUUUCGCCUUCCGGUGUUAGUGUUGAUUUUACUGUGUAUCGUAAUUGGUCAGUUACAUCAGUCAUUUUAAAUUCAAGUAUCAAUUCUGUGAUAUUCUUUUGGACGAAGACACUGCUCAGAAAAGAAACUUUUAAGACACUUAAAUCUCUUUGCUCGUAACUAUCAUAAUAUUCCCAGGAAGUGUUCUUCAAACACAAAUAAGUGAACUAUAUAAAAGAACAAAACAUUUGUGUUUUGGUGCACAAAAAGAAAGUGUAUUCUUCAGGAUUCCAGCGUCAACUAUUGUUUUACAUUUUCACCAACAUUCACAAUAUUGUGUCUCUAUAUACUUGUAAAUAUAUAUAGUAAUCAACAAAUUUAUAUAAUACCAUGUUGUACUUUUGCUGCACUAUGUAAUAUCUGAAUUUUAGUUAAUUAGUUCAUGCAUGUAAUUCUUGUUAAAAUAAAGAUUCUAAAAGUUUCAGUAAAAACGCCAAGUGUUGAUUCUCGUUGAAUCAAUUCAAAGCUACAGUACAGAUAGAAAACGAUUCAUACAGGGACGCAGCGACCGGGGGGAGGGUGUAUGAGUAAUUUCAGGGAAAUUUCUGGGUGAUUCUUUCUGAUGUACAGGUAAAUUAUAUAGUAUAGCAUUGACUGGCAAACGUGGACGUUAAAAUGGAAAGCAAGCUAAGAAUUUUAGUUGCAUUUCUUGGUUUCCUGAGUAUCUAAAUAUUCAAAAUUUUAUUGGGGCCCAUUCCCCCCGAAUCCCCUAGUACACUUAGCCCCGUAUCCCAACCUCAUUUUGGUAUCUCAUGAUAUGAUCAAUCCUGCUACUUGAAUUCACUCAUGAAAAAACCACACUAAAUUUCAAAAACUGCUUUGAGGUAACGUAAAAAGUGAUUUAGAAAAUCAGGUAAUUUGGACUUUACACCCCCAGUUUGGUUUCGCGAUAGCCUCGGGCGAUGGGGCGAUGGUACUAAUUCCGCUUGUUGUAUGCUACAGGAAAAGAGAUAAAAAAUGUAUUUAGCGUAAUUGUUUGUACAGAUAAUAGUAUGGCUUCGAGUGCAAUUUGGAAUAAAAUUUGCACGAGUGAGUUUUUCGAAGAGGAUAAAAAAUGUUUUUCGAAAUUGGACGAUAAAACACACUAUUACUUAUUAAUGAUAUUCAUGACAAUAUUACACUCUUGGAGAACAAUUUUUCGUACUCAUGCACCUGCGGCGUUUAAGCUUUCAUUGUUUUCAUUUCUUGUUUGCAAACUUUUUCAGUCUAUAUGUGCUCCUUGUAUUUAAAGUUGUUAAAUUAACGUAAGAUUUUCAGUUAAAAGUAAACAAAAACGUCGUCAGAAAAUAAAAAAUUACAUUGCUAUAUAUCUGCCGCCAUGUUCAUUUUAUUUGUCUCGUUUCCAGGUUCUGCUCUUGUCUUGUUAAAUUGCACAAUAUAUGUACAAUUUCAAAAAAAUAUCCCUGCUUUUAGCCAAUCUGAAUCCAUGCAGUAAUUUUCAUGUAUAUAUUCUUAUACGCAUGUAAUAUUUUUGCAAGAAAUGUCAGUAACUUAGUUCUAUACGUAUUUUUUUGGGUUUUAAUUAAAUAUCAAGGGCAAUUUAAAAUUGCAUUGAUAAAAAGCAAUAUAAGGUGUCUUCAUGUAAAUGUUCCAUCAAUUUAACAGUCUUACUAUGUAUUAUUUUAAAUAAACUACUUUAAAUUAAAAUAUAUUGAAUAACACACCGGAUGCUUAUAAUUAUACCCAAGCAUCUGUCGUUUUACUAAGACAAUAUAAAGUGUCUUCAUGUGAAAUCCCAUCAAUUAACAGUUUUACUUUUCAGCUGAAGUAUCGCUUGUGCAUGGUUCAUGGUCAAUACUUUGUUUUAGUUCUUUCUGAGUUUGCUGUGUGACAUGAUAUAAAACGCUGUGCAGCAACUGGGCAACAGGCUUACCAUUCCCAUCAUAAAUAAUGAAUGAAAGCGAAACAAAUGAUACUUUUUUGACAACAUGCAAAGUGGGAGAGAAUUUUCAUGUCGUUCUAAGCCAAUUUCCAAACGGAAAGUAUGAAAGUUAUCGAAUUGCAGUGCUUGUUAUCAACUGCAUCUUGUUUUUCACAACGAUAUUAUUAAACGGAAUCUCAGUAAUAACAAUAAGGAAAUCGUCUCAACUCAGAAGCAAAGUCUGCUACUUCCCUAUCCUUCUUCAAUCCGUCGUCGACUUAGGCGUUGGUGUUCUAGGUAUACCCAUUUUCAUCUACUAUUUGUUGUUUCCUUUCCUGUAUACUGCGAAUUGCACUUUCAUCGUUCUGGCCUUUCGAAACACACACCUAACUUGUGUAUUGUCAAUGAUAACACUAUCUGCAAUGACAAUGGAGAGAUACAUUGGAGUGAUCCAUCCUUACCACUACCAAACCAAAGUGACAAAGAAACGAAUUUUGAUCUAUGUGUGUGGAAGUGGAUUUGUUCUAUUUUCAGCAAUUGCUUAUUCAUUCCGUGAUCGCAUAGUAAUCAGAAUUGUCGGAAGGGAAUUGAUUGUGGUAUUUUUCCUUUUUACUGGAUUCGUUUACACGAGAAUAUAUCUUGUGAUACGAAAGCUAAUUCGUUCCCAAAAAAGACCAGCCCGCGAAAGUGAUGGAAAUGAAAAUGUUAUAAAAAAGCAAUUUUUUCGCGAUAGCCGGCAUGCAAGAUCUUGCUUCCUUAUCGUUAUCUGUUUUGCUCUUUUCUUGCUACCUUUCGUACUGUCCAGGGUCUUCUUUACUGGUGUUAGUGUUUAUUUUACUGUGUAUCGUAGCUGGUCAAUUACAUCAAUCAUUUUAAAUUCAAGCAUCAAUUCAGUGAUAUUCUUUUGGACGAAGAAAUUGCUCAGAAAAGAAGCUUUGAAGACCCUUAAAUCUCUUUGCUCUUAACCAUCAUGAUAUUCACAGGAUGUGGAAAAAGUGAGCUAUAAACGGAAUAGACCUUUUAAACGUUUGUGUUGCAUGUGGUGCACAAAAAGGUGUACACUAGUCAGGAUUCCAACGUCAACGAUUGCCCUAAAUUUUAGCAGUUUAUUUGUAAAUAAUGUUGACUUUAUGUGAUUUUUUCAACACUUUAAUAUUGUAUCUAUAUACUUGUAAAUAUAUAGUAAUCAAGAAAAUAAUUUAAUACCCAAUGUUAAGGCCCGAUUUACUCUACACAACUUUUGUCUAACACUGUCGCAUGCAACCUGCUUAUCAAAUAUAAAUCGGGCUUUAUUUGUGCUGUAUAUUAUGUAAUAUAUUUGCUGUAUUAUGCAAUUUUAGUUAAUCAGUUAAUGUAAUUCUUGUUAAAAUAAAGAUUCUAAGGGGCAGACUUUUAGAAAAGUGAUGGAGGGGGCCGGGGGGGGGAGACUUUUCGGCUUUCACGAUUUUUUAAGGUAUUUUUCUUUGCUUUCCCUCUUUGAACGAGUGUUUUUUCCUUUGUUUUCCUUUGCGCGAAUUUUUUGCCCCCCCCCCCGGCCAUCACUUUUCUAACGGUCCGCCCCUAAAAGAUUCAGAAAAUUGAUUCUCGUUGGAUCAAUUUUAAUAGAGCUACAGUAUGUACAGUUAGAAAACGAUGUAUAUGAAAAAUUGUUUCGCACUAACUCUGACAGUGAUCAAGGGAGUGCUUGAAAAAUUGAAUGAUGUAUGAAAAACAUUGUAUAUAUUAUAAUCAAAUGAAUAAAAUUGUAAGGUCAAAUAAAAUGAAUAAAAUGCUGUAUCCUUCGUACACUUUUCCUUCAUUUUUGUCCCAUAACAGCAAAUUAUAGGCAUUUCUAUCAAUAAUAAAUCGUAUUAGUACUGCAAAAUAUAGUGUCUUUUUGGAACGCCCUGUAUAUUUCUUCGUUAUCUUUUCAAAUUAAACAGCUGUUGAGAAUGAAAGAGGAACAAAGACGAGAACAUGAACGAAAGAUGGUGGAACUUCGUGAAGCGUCUCGUCGAAUGAAAGAAGAUUGCGAACAUCAGAUUGAAAUAGAAAG